AUACCUAAAUGCCUAUGCUUUGCCUGCCUCUCUGCCUCUUUCCAGCUCUCUAGUCUUAAUACUCUCAAACUCUCAAUCCUCUCAUCCUCUCAACUGAACCCUUCUGUCGUCGUCAGUCUCACCGCCGGCUUGCUGACUUGCUGUCGCCGCCACUCGCCGGCCGUCAGGGUUGCUGUGUAGGGUUGCUGUCGCGGCCUCACGGGGUUGCUGGAGUUGCUGCUCGUGGCCUCGUGCUAGCCUUCGCUCAUUGUCGCCUACUCACUUGCUGGCUUGCUGCUCGUCCUCAGCCACCACCCACCACUCCACCGGUCUCAUUGUCGCCCGUUCCGUCGUCAGCCACCAGGAUUGCCGUUUUCCCGUGUCCGUGUCCGUUUCCGUGCAUCCUAGAUGUUGAUUCGAAUCCUUGCUAGAGCAAAAAUUCCAUUUUUAUCCCCUCUGAUUCUUCAUCAAUUGAACAAAACAUUUCCCAUUAAUCAGCCUUUAACCUCAUUGUUAAACCCUAAUUUAUCGAGCUUGGGUUCGAAUGACAUAGCAAAACCAACAAAUGGGUUUUCCUUAAUUUUGGAGAGAGAAUACCACGAUGGUAGACCAAGAGGUCCUCUUUGGAGGGGUAAGAAGUUAAUUGGCAAAGAGGCUCUUUUUGUAAUUCUGGGUUUGAAGAGGUUUAAAGAUGAUGAAGAGAAGCUUGAUAAAUUUGUCAAAAAUCAUGUGUUGAGGCUUCUGAAGAUGGAUAUGAUUGCUGUUCUUUCUGAACUUCAGCGACAAGAUGAGGUUUCUUUGGCCCUCAAGGUGUUUAGAGUAAUUCAAAAACAGGACUGGUAUCAUCCUGAUACCUAUCUUUAUAAGGACUUGAUUAUUGCAAUGGCGAGAUCUAAAAGAAUGGAUGACGUGACGACACUUUGGGAAGACAUGAAAAACGAGAAGUUGUUUCCUGAUUCUCAAACAUACACUGAAGUCAUCAGAGGCUUCUUAAGAGAUGGUUCCCCUGCAGAUGCUAUGAACAUCUACGAGGACAUGCUGAAGGCUCCAGAACUUCCAGCAGAACUGCCAUUUAGGAUUUUAAUGAAAGGUCUUUUGCCACAUCCUCUUUUGAGAAACAAAGUUAAGAAGGAUUUUGAGGAACUUUUUCCCGAGCAUUCUGUGUAUGAUCCACCUCAAGAGAUAUUCGGAAUGCGAUGAGUGGUUUGUUUUGUUCACCCUUCGGGUUGAGGACAGCAUAAGCUUCAGUCAAAACAUCCAAAUUAAUCUUCUGUUACUAAAUGAAGCUCAAGUGAUGCAGGAGCAGAAACUCUGCAUCAGUGCAUCACCUGCAGUAAGUCAUUCAUAUGUCGUCGCCCACCUUUUAUGUGUGCUGAUGUUCUGUCUACCCCACUUCUGCGUGCGGCUGCUUGAUUCCUCCACCUGCAUAUCAUUCAGGAGGUAGCUCAAUCAUGUCUCUUGCAAGUUUAUGACAAUAGCAACUACCACCCUUUCAAAAAUGCUUUUACAUAAUUUAAGGUGGAGUUUUGUUCAAAGUAAACUUUUUAAAAUGUGUAUUACAGCAUACUCAAGAAGUGUACGUUCGAAAUCUAUUCAAUUCAUAUAAUCAUAUCAAGUAUUAAUGUACUCGAUAGUUUUACUAAUAGCC